AAUCCAUAGAGAUAAGCCAACUAUUGUAGUUACUAUGACAACUAAGUUCAGUUUUGUGUAUAUUAUAAAUAAAUAUUCAGCAAAGAAUAUAUAUAUAUUAUAGCAUUAUUCUAAAUGGAUUCCGAAAUAAUAUCAAGUGAUGAUGACGACUCAAAAGAAAGCGACAUUCAAAGGAAUUUUGAUGACAUAAAUAAGCACGAAGGCAAUCAUUUUUCCGAAAUAGUUGAAAGAAAGAUAUCAAACAAAGAGGAAUUAAUUAAAAAAAUAAUGGAUAUAAAGAAAGAAGAAAAAACUUUGUUGGCAGAAAAUAUCAUGCUUCAACAGAUACUAUCAGGUUUAUUUAAGGGACCCUUGGGUCACGAUUUUAAACAAGACAGUGAGAUGCCAUCAAGUUCUAACAAACAAACGUUUUUUAACAUGUUAAACAUGAUUGACGAGAAAGAGGAAGAGAUACGCACAUUUGAAUUAAAAUCCUGCCAAGAAAUUGAUGAUUUGAGAAAGCAAAUAUCAGAAACAGAGUUAAAGUACAACGAAUUGAAUGGUGAAUUUAAAUCACUUAAAGAAAAAGCUGCUCUUCAAUCUGUAAAUAGCAAUACAGGGGAAACAUUCUCCAAAGAGGAAGUGAAUAAGCUCUUACAGAAAGAACAUGAAGCAGAAGAAAAUUUACAGUACUAUCAAUUGGAAUACAUGAGAAAGAAUUAUGAUUUACAAGAAGCUAUUCAGAAAAAGAGGAGCUUAAUAGAGGGGCCAGUGAAUUAUGCCGAAUAUGAUGUAAUAUGUACAGAAAUUGAGAAUAAUAUAGAGGUUACUAAGCAAUUGAAAGAAGAAACUGCAGAAUUACAAAAGAAAAUUUUUUCCAUGAUAAACAUCAUCAGCCAUCUAAACCAGAAACUACAAUUUGUUCAACAUCAAAAAGGAAUAACUGCUGCAGAAGAGAAGUCAUUAGAUGAAGAAUUAAAUAAAAUGCGUAGUAACCUAUUUGAAGAAAAAACAAAAUAUAACAAAAUGAAAGAGAAAAAUGAAGACUUACAGCACAGAUUUAUUCUCCUUCAACACCCUAAACUUAUUGAUGAUUACAAACAUAUAAAAGAAGAAAAUGAUCUUGCUCAAAAAGAAUUACAGCAAUUAAAAGAUGCAUAUGCAAGUUCUAUGAAAAUAGUUACUGAAUCGCAAAAAUGAUAUGUUUAUUGCUAAAAGAAAUAACUGUAACCAUAUAAAAAAAUACUUAAAUAAGAAAAAAUAUUAAAUUCAGCUAUUCUAUGUU